CAGGCGUGAAACAAAACAUGGGAUAUUAAUAGGACAUAUUUAAGAAGAUAGCGGAGCCAGUCGAGGUGGCAUGAACUCGAUGACCUGAUUCUGUACAGCGAUCCAAACCCUUCACCACACGGACAGACGUCUCCUGAUCAGCAUGCAUUCCGGGUUUGUCUCUUUGUUCGCUUUUGCCGGGCUUGCUGCCCAGGCCUCAGCGCAUGGUAUCGUCACAAAGCCAGCAACACGAUCACCGGGGGAAGCGACCGAGGCAGCAUGCGGCAAGACUAUGGCCGACUUCUACCGAGCCGACAAUACCUCGUACCCCGAGGCCUUGCUUCGAGCCAACCCAGACGGCCUGAAGCCCCCAUAUGACCCCGAAAAGUGCAACCUCUGGCUCUGCAAAGGCUAUCAAUUUGCCGACAACAUUGCUAAUGUGCAGAACUACACUGUCGGCCAGGUUGUCGACAUGGAGGUUUGGAUCCGAAUUCCGCACGAGGGAUAUGCCAAUGUCUCGAUCGUCGACACCUCUCGCAAUAGUGUCAUUGGUGAACCAUUGAUUGCCUGGCCGGAGGGUUAUGCUGGCUCUGCCAACCCCCCUAAAGACCAAACAAAGUUCAGCGUCAAGCUGCCCGACCUGGGUGACAAGUGCACCAAGCCUAGUGCCUGUGUUAUCCAAUGGUACUGGUUUGGUCAAGGGCAAACAUAUGAGUCGUGCGUCGACUUCACCCUUGCUACACCCGCCAAGAGGCGAAGAUACCGCAAGUAUUGAUUUCGAGGGUUAAUCUAUGGUCGAGAACUGCGCUUGUAGACAGAUCCUAGCGACUCAUGAAUAGGGUGGAAGGGCAUGGUUUGUUCAGAUGGAUGCCCUUUGAGAAGUAGCGAUCGGGCAUCCGACCUCGAGUGGGAAGUGAUUGGGUAUUGGAAGGGUCCGUUUGAUGCCAAUUCUUUUGGAACCAGUUACACGAUGGGUCUUCAAAGAACUCAUUGUUCUCACAAGUCUAGUGAUGCGGAACAUGUGCAAAUUCUUUCCUAAGGAUCCUUUUAACGAUUGUCUUUGUAUCAACGUGGGCUCCCUUUC